AUGGCCUUCACUUUGCAGCGACGACUGCGGGUGUCGAAGGGCGAGCUGGGCUGGGUCCCCCCCGACGAGGUAUUGGUCGACGGGAAACUGUAUGUGAAGUUCUACAAGUGGGAUUCUUAUCUGGUCCACAUCAUGACUGGAAAGCAACUAUAUCUUAACAAAGCGAAAAGUGCUUCCAGUGGCUCUCUCGAUUGUGAGCUAUGGGACGACUUGGUCAAGUCUCGCCAAGAGGCUGCAAAUGCCUUACUGACCCAAGCCAAGAAUGUCGAUGAGGGGGCUGAACCACAACCCAAGAAGAAACCCAAGAUUCAGCGAGAAACCAGCAAGUCCAUGCUUCUUCUGCCGGAGACCGUGGAGGUGACAUGUCGGGGCUACCAGCUUCGGAUGUUGCUGCGAGGACUCGGCACCCAAGUCCUCUGGCUCGAAGCGACAAUCGAGAACCUGGAAUGGUUCUACGAGAAGGUUCAGUCCUCUGCUGUGAAGCCGAGGAAGGAAAAGAGCAUGGGGAAGAAGCAGAACAGGAAGGAGGAAGAAGAUGAUGAAGCCUCGCAGGAGGGGUGUGAGGACGAGAUCCCAGAGUGA